CCCACAGAGCAACACGAAGCGACAGGUCCUGUACUACCUCAAGACUUUACGACUACAUUAGGUUAUGUUUAUCGCUAUACAGCUACUUUACAUUAUGGAUGAGAUGAAGGAAAGGCUGUAAAGCUCCGAGUGCAGUGACACAGUCAGCUGUUGUUAGCGCUGAAAUCAAAAGUGAAAGUAUAGUCGUGCUUUUGGUUUCUCGGCAGUUUUUUUUACUUUAUCUUGUUGUAUUAGAGUUCAGCUGUGUUACAACAGUUUUAAUUGAUAAAAACACGGUACCGGACUCCAUGAUGAUGAUUGCAGUAAUUUUAUUUGGAGCCUUCCUGACGUGCGCUCAUGGUGACGGAGUCACAGAUGUGGUACUUUCCUGCACCCUGGUGGAAGAGGGAGUGGGGCUGGGUGGAAUGGGAGGUGGAUCGCUUUUCAAACGGACUCCAGCCACUCUUGUCUUAAAAGACGUCUCAGUCCCUCCAGAUGAAUCACUUGAAACACUCACGCCGUUUGUCCCACCUUCAAUCCCUGACCCAGAUGCUAUCCUGUUGGAAGCCAAAGUGUCUUCACCUGAGAUCCCAAAUGUACAUGUGUUGCUCCAUGCGGACUGCAACGAUCAGGAGGUGAUGUGUGAAAUAAGCCGUUACACCCCUCGUGGAUCCCAGGAAAGUUCAGAUCCAGCUUAUUUCAUGGUGUCUCUAAAUGUGGAGGGAGUUGAGUUCAGCACUGCGUUGAUUCUGCAGACUCUGCCGGUGGAGAAGGACCUAUCGACCAUCAUACAAAGCAAACUGGGUCUGCCUCUUAGCCAGUCAGGAACUCUUCUGACUGAGGUGAUAUUCCUGGUGUUUUCCCACAUUAAAUCUGUGACUGCCGCCCUGAGAGGUGAUGCUCUCCUCAACUGUGGCUUCAAGCAGCAGGACGUACCCUUAGCGCAGGAAGUGGGCGUUGAGUGGCGACUGCAGCACAGGGGAAAAGGGUGGAAAGUGCUUGACAUGAAGACAAGCCUGGAUGAUGUAGAAGGGAGCACAGUGGUGCAUGCAGAAAGGAGGGGAUCAAGCAUGGAGGUGGCCCAGGUUGUUGGUGAGGGUAACGCCUCUGUGACGCUGAACAAGCUUAGAGUGAUGGAUGAGGGGACCUACAUCUGUACUGUCAGUAUCGGUCUUUUCCAUGCCCAGCAGGUCAUUCAACUCCACGUUAUUCAACCACCUCAUGUUUCACUCUCAGAGGAGAAGUUGGUUUUGCAGACCAAUUCACCCCAGAUGUUGAGCUGCCACUGCACUAAAUACUAUCCACUGGAUGCUCAGAUGGAGUGGUUAUCCCUCUCUCCUACAGACACAGAGCCUACAGUGCUUCCAGAUCAGGGCUCUCUGUCUAGCCACCGACAGCAUGGUGAUGGGACUUAUUCCCUGUCGUCUCACCUCACUCUACCCACCAGUGUCUCCCCUGGAACUAAACUCACCUGCAGGGUGUCCCACCCAGCCCUGGAGGCUCCUCUCUCUGUCAGCCUGGUGGUAGAAAGUCCACAACCAGGUUCCUAUUGGUGGGUUCUGGGUUUCCUGAUCGUCACUGUGCUUUUCUUCUACCAGCUCAUGAGAUAAGUUAGUCUGUACAUGUUCUCAUAGAUACUCCUCCACACCUGGAACUGAGCCCUGAGAGAUUUCCUGUGUCAUUAGUGAGUCUUUAAGUUAUUAAUGAUUUCAUUAGAAGCCAUCACUGGUUCACUCUUCCAGGCUUCUAGUGAACCAAAAGAAUGCAAUUUUGAGGAAAAACUGUAUUUCAGUAUCUUACUGUACUUGCUUUAUACAUUUGCUGUUGAGGUUUUUUUUGGUGGUGGCUACUUAUGUUAAAUGCAUUAAGCCGCUGGAAGUUGCAUUUCUGUAACCUGUAACAUAUUAAAUCUUAAAUCCCAUCCUGUACUUUACAGUGGAUAAUUUAUGUCACACAUAAAAUACCCACUGCGGUUUCAUUAUUUCUUUCACACUGACUUACUGACCUCUGUUUUGCCUGUCUAGUGCUUGUUUUCAAAGUAAGCAGGAAUGUCCACUUGGACUGAACGACUCAACGCCAUAACUCGUGAAUUUAUGUGCUAAGUGUGACAAAAUUUCACACAAAUGUCUAAUAGGAUGAAAUGAUGAAGUAAUGACAGUUUAUAUCCAAA